ACUGGUUGGAUCUCUGGCCUUGAACGUAACGAUUUUCCUUGUGUCUUUCUAUGUAGCUCGUGUGUAACGUUUGUAUUGGACCGUGUAGUCCAAAUCACCUUUACGCGAAACCGAAGUUAGAUGCCAAUAUUUUCACAUACCUGUUCUCCAUUUUCUUUCCAACCAAACCAGAAACAAACAAACAAUUCACAGUCUUCUCUCCCUCAAGCUCACCUUUUUCAACUUCAAUUCAGACCAAAAUCGAAGAACCCAUUAUACUCUCACUCUCUCUUCCCCAGAACGAAAUUUGAGACAAUCAAGAACCAUGAAGUCAAAAAUUCAACUUUCCCUCAACCUCAAGCUCAUCCUCCUUUGCUUUUUCUUUCUCGUCCUCCUCCUUUUGAUAGUAAGAUCGAGCAUUUCACCUUCCCAGUCACCCAUCCCAGAAAUCCACCUCUUAAAUUCAACAAACCCCACCCAAGGGCCAGAAUCAGCAACAUCUUCAGCAUGCUCAUCCCUCCUCACACCAACUUGCACCAAAACCCCACCUUCCCUAGCCAACGCUCUCAUCCACUAUGCAACGACCAACAUCACCCCACAACAAACCUUGAAGGAAAUCUCAGUGUCAGCAAGAGUCCUAGCAAAGAAAUCCCCAUGCAACUUCUUGGUCUUUGGCCUUGGCCACGACAGCCUCAUGUGGACAGCACUCAACCACGGUGGUCGCACGGUUUUCCUGGAAGAAGACAAGGCCUGGAUCGGGCAAAUCCAACAACGUUUACCCACAUUAGAGUCAUAUCACGUUGUAUACGACACCAAGGUCCACCAGGCUGACGAGCUUAUGAGAAUUGGAAUGGAAGAAGAAUGCAAAGAUGUGAGUGAUCCCAGAUUCUCCAAGUGCCAACUUGCCCUCAAGGGCUUUCCAAAUGAGGUGUACGACAUAGAGUGGGACUUGAUAAUGGUUGAUGCGCCUACUGGGUAUCAUGAUGAUGCACCGGGGAGGAUGAGUGCCAUUUACACUGCUGGGUUGAUGGCUAGGAAUAGAGAGGAGGGGGAAACGGAUGUGUUUGUUCAUGAUGUAGAUAGAGUUGUGGAGGAAAAGUUCUCAAGAACUUUUCUUUGUGAAGGGUACUUGAGGGAACAAGAAGGGAGGAUAAGGCAUUUCACUAUUCCAAGUCAUAGGGCUCGUCUGGGCAGACCCUUUUGCCCAUAGAGGUUUCAAUACUCUUCCUCAUUUCCCCACCUUUUUUGGUUUCUUUUCAUUGCCUGUGUUUUUUCAUAUAGUUCUUGUUUGCAGCUCAUAGAUAUAUUAAUUACUUAGAGGGAAUUGGAGCUGCGAUUUUCGCUUCUCAUAUAUUCUCUGUGAAUGUUGCUAAUUGUCUCCACCGAAUGAAGAUCGAUUCAUACA